UGACUGAGCCACUCAGGCGCCCCGAGACAACUUGUCCUUAUCAUGGUUCAGGCAUGAGAUCCUGGUGUCUAUUCUUUUAAGUACUUGUCUGUCCUGUCAGAUCCUGAACCGCGUCAGCUGCUUUCCCUGCUGGCUUGUGCCUCCGGGCUGGAGCUGAAGUGCCCACCAUUGGUUAGGUCUUCUGGCAGAGCACCAUGCUUGAAAAAGGACAGCUGCUUUACUGGCUUAAUUUGCUACCGUCCUUCACCCGACCUGCCCACCACAGCUCUGGACACCAUGAGGGAGUAGCCACCAGAACCAUACCCACCUAUCAAGUGGCCUCUCCCGUGCUCCUGGGUCCUUGUCUAAGGAUCUUAUGAUCCCAGCAGUAUGCUCAUCACACACUGAUUGACCGCAUCUCUCUGAGUAGUGACACACAUACGUAACCUCUCUAACCAACCUCCUCCUCCGAGUAAGUAGCUUUUUCUUCCCUGGGCCUUACAUUUCUUAUUUUAAAAGAGGGUGACUUCAAUUACUGGUCCAGCUCUGAUGAGCCCGGCGAUUCCAGAAGAGCUCGAAAAAACUGAGGCCCCACGCAAAUGACAGGGAAACGUGAAGGAAUUUACGAAGCCCGGCCAGCUCGAACUCCUGGAGAGCACUUGCUCCGCUCCGCCCGAAGAGGCGUUUCAGCGCCGCUAGCUGGAGUCUGCGCCUUCCGCUUCUGGAGCUGCCUAGCCUCUUUUGCGCAGGCUAGGUUCAGCUGCCCCAGGCCUUUGGGAGGAUUUAGUUCGUUCAGAGGCAUGAGGACGAGCGACUUCCACAAGGGCAUGUUUGCCCUCACCAGGAGAAGCAAAAAGGGGGACGGAGGGAUGCCACCUACAGUACCAACCAUGACCCCAAACAGUUUAGACUCAACCACAUCUAGCCUCGCCCGCUUCCGCAGUACCAAUAAUUAACACGAGAAAAAUUUGCACUCAUUAUCGCGAGAGCAAAACCAGGGGCUGGGGCCAAAAAAAGGUGUCUCAUUGCGCAAGCGCAAUUUUGCCAACGCCCCCAUUCUUCGUGCGCGUGUAUUGGUGCAACGUCCCGGCGCCUACGAAAGGCCAGCCUUACGCGAGCGCGCUUGCGUUUCCUCCUCCCCUUGUCAGUUCUCAUUUCACUUCCGGCUCCCACUUCCGGUCCUUCCCCUUCGUCCUUCCGACAGAAAAAUCGGUGGUGCGGUCACAUAGAGUAUUUGUUCCCCGCCAGGGUCGGCCUUGCCUGAGGCAGUGAAGCUCCGGGGGCUGGGGCCGCGCGGCCCCAGGGAAGCGCCCUCACUCAACCAUGGCCCGAAAUGCAGAAAAGGCCAUGACGGCCUUAGCAAGAUUUCGCCAAGCUCAACUGGAAGAGGGAAAAGUGAAGGAACGAAGACCCUUCCUUGCCUCAGAAUGUACUGAGCUGCCCAAAGCUGAGAAGUGGAGACGACAAAUCAUUGGAGAGAUCUCUAAAAAAGUGGCUCAAAUUCAGAAUGCUGGUUUAGGUGAAUUCCGAAUUCGUGACCUGAAUGAUGAAAUUAACAAACUGCUAAGAGAGAAAGGACACUGGGAAGUCCGGAUAAAGGAGCUGGGCGGUCCUGAUUAUGGAAAAGUUGGCCCUAAAAUGCUGGAUCAUGAAGGGAAAGAAGUCCCAGGAAAUCGAGGUUACAAGUACUUUGGAGCAGCGAAAGAUUUGCCUGGUGUCAGAGAGCUUUUUGAAAAAGAACCUCUUCCUCCUCCAAGAAAGACACGUGCCGAGCUCAUGAAAGCAAUCGAUUUUGAAUACUAUGGUUACCUCGAUGAAGAUGACGGUGUCAUCGUGCCUUUGGAACAGGAAUAUGAAAAGAAAUUCAGGGCCGGAUUGGUGGAAAAGUGGAAAGCAGAGCGAGAGGCCCGGCUGGCAAGAGGAGAAAAGGAGGAGGAGGAGGAAGAAGAGGAAGAGAUCAACAUAUAUGCUGUCACCGAGGAGGAGUCUGACGAGGAAGGCAGCCAGGAGAAAGGAGGUGAAGACGGGCAGCAGAAGUUCAUCGCCCACGUCCCAGUGCCAUCCCAGCAAGAGAUUGAGGAGGCCCUUGUGCGGAGGAAGAAGAUGGAACUCCUCCAGAAGUAUGCUAGUGAGACCCUGCAGGCCCAGAGUGAAGAGGCCAAAAGACUUCUGGGCUACUAGGGCUGAGCUGGGACAUGCUCGGGGUCUGGAAAUCUGCCAGGAGGCCGUCAUCCCCCGCUGGCCCUUGGUGAGCCCACUGGACUCUGCUGUCCUGGAAUUGCAGAUGGGCUGGUUCGUGCUGCGAGUCUUCCUGCUACUUCCCCUACCUUUUCUAACCCCCUCUCCUGAUCUGAAGGGACGGGCUGCUGUGCCUCCCCGGCAGGCUGUCUGUGCUGAACCCUCAGCUGUCACUUUUGUACAAAUGUUUGCUAUUGUAGGAAUCCAUUUAUUUUUAUCUAGAGUGUGUAAAACAGGCUGCCUGUGUUUUACUUAGCUUUCUACUGUCAUUCGCUGGGGAGGGAAGUCAACUUAUGACUACCAUUAAAAAGAUGGCAGUUUUUCCUAAAAAGACAUAUUGCUACCUCCUCUUGAAAAAUGAGAAAAUGUGUCAACCCUGGGCCCACAGUCCCACGUGUCAGCCGCCAGCCCGAGCUGUUCCUUUUGGGUCGGGUACUACUCCCAAGUUCUCCAUGGCCCACUCAGCCUGCCUCAUUCCCUCCUGCCCAGGUGGCAGGAAUUUCAGUUUGAUACUUCUGUUUUAUGACUCGUUCUGAAGAGAGCUAUUUUUAUUAAAGAUUUUUUAUAUGAAAGGGCAA